UAAUUAAGUUGAUCAUGACUGUAACGCAGCUGGGGUUUGCUGUGUGAGCAGACAGGCCACUGUAACUCAUGUAGCCAAAGCUUGAGGGGGGUUCGCACAGCACCGUCUGCCUCAAACCGAACCCUUUCUGCAAAGCGUGGAGCAACAGCUGAACCUGAACCUGAAAACUCUGCAGUUCGGGACCCAAGUUCGGGCAGUUCGGGGCUGAGACGCUCGCUACAUGAUACGAUACAUCUGAAUGAUUUUUGAGAUUAAUUAAUGACAUUUCUGGCAGCUUGUAAACUUUUAUCAACGUUGCACUUUUGUUAAACUCAUCGGAGCUUCAACAUUUUUGAUUCCCCCUGCCUCCCCCCGCCUCUGUCGAGAUGUGGUGGAUGCUGUUUCCCCGAUGGAUUUGGUUUGUUCUUGGACAUUGCUGGACUGUCCUCCUGCAUGCGAACUGCCGGGUGACAGCGAUGCCUAUGAUGUCCGCGGCAAAGGUGGUGUACUCUCACGCAGGUCUGUGUCCCAAUGACCUGAACCCCAACCUUUGGGUGGACGCGAUGAGCACCUGCAUGCGGGAGUGUGAAUCCGACCAGGACUGUGAGCCAUUCGAGAAGUGCUGCCCUAACGUUUGCGGAAACAAGAGCUGUGUGGCGGCACGCUAUAUAGACAUUAAGGGCAACAAGGGCCCCAUUGGCAUGCCAAAGGGCGCCACCUGCGACAAGUUCAUGUGCACCCAGCAAGGCUCCGAGUGCGACAUCUGGGACGGCCAGCCUGUUUGUAAGUGCAGAGACCGCUGUGAGCGGGAGCCCCACUUCACGUGUGCGUCUGACGGCAUGACUUAUUAUAACAAGUGCUACAUGGACGCAGAGGCCUGCUCCAAGGGUGUCUCAAUCACUGAGGUCACCUGCAGGUAUCACCUGUCCUGGCCAAACACAAGUCCAAUCCCUGUGGAGACCACAUUACAUCCCACUACCGCCCUUCAGACCACCAUCCCAACUGACAUUCCUGUCAUAUACAACUCACCCAUCAAACAGAUUGUGUUUGUGGGUGAGACGGCCAGCUUCUUGUGUGAGGCAUCAGGGAAGCCACAACCAGAAAUCACCUGGGAGAAACAACUGAAAGGCAAGGAUAAUGUGAUAAUGAGACCCAAUCACUUACGAGGUAACGUUGUGGUGACCAACAUUGGCCAGCUGGUCAUAUACAACACCCAACUUCAAGAUGCCGGAAUCUACACAUGCACAGCGAGAAAUAUCAGGGGAAGCGUGUCGUCACACUUUCCCUUGGCAGUGAUCAAGAGAGAACUGAGAGGUAAAAAUGUGGAGGGGAAUAAUACCAACCUCCCAUUCCCAGCGGCCGAAUGCCUCAAGAGUCCCGACACAGACGACUGUGGAGAGGAAAGCAUAAGCUGGUACUACGAGCCGAAGAGGAACAACUGCUUCACCUUUACCUACAGCCAGUGCAAUAAAAACCUAAACCACUUUGACACCUAUGAAGCAUGCAUGCUGUCAUGUGGGGGGGAGCUGGCAGCCCCCUGCAGCCUACCAAGCCUGCAGGGACCUUGCAAGGCAUAUGAGCCUCGCUGGGCGUACAGCAGUACCCUGAAAAAGUGCCAGUCCUUUGUUUACGGAGGCUGUGGUGGCAACGAGAACAACUUUGAAUCUAAAGAGGCCUGCGAAGAGAUGUGCCCCUUUCCAAAGAACCACAACUGCAAAGUGUGCAAGCCUCGAGGCAAAAUGGUCGCCAGCUUCUGCAAGAGUGACUUUGUGAUUCUUGGGCGCAUGACUGAGCUGACAGAAGAGCAAGAGUCAGGGCAUGCAUUGGUGACCGUGGAGGAGAUCUUGAAGGAUGAGAAGAUGGGUCUAAGGUUCUUCGGCAAAGAACCUCUGGAAGUCACCCUUCUGAACAUGGACUGGAACUGCCCCUGCCCUAAUAUCACCAUAUCCGACGUACAGCUGAUUAUUAUGGGGGAUGUUCACAAUGGGAUGGCCGUCCUGCAGCCCGACAGUUUUGUUGGCUCCUCCAGUACUCGCAGAAUCCGAAAGCUGCGUGAGGUUGUCCAGAAGAAAACCUGCGAUUUCCUCAAAGAUUUCUCUUCAACCUAAUAUCAUGCCAGCAAUACAGCUCCUUUGUGUUUGUUUUCAGGUUGCUUUAAACUCCUGUGACCUCAACAAUCUCUUUUUUAUUUCACUUUUUUCCCAUUUGUUUCUACUCUUCUCAAAAGAUCUUAGAAAACUGUUAUCAAAACGUAUUUACUCUGAGAAAAAUAUUUAAUAUUUUACCCUAACAAUUCAUAUAUUGUAUGCACUAACUUUAUUCAAUUAGUAAUAUUUUCAUACAAUUAUUAUACGCCUUUUGUUUUGAUGGUGUUUUGUACUGUUCCUAUUGUGUGACGGCUGUCUUUAGCGCUUAAAGGGAUAGCUUGGGUGCUGUGGAGAUUUUAAGAGGAGUGAUGAUCUUACCUGCUGUAGAUAACUCUCUAAAUAUGGUUUGAGAAUUCAUUAUAUAAUAUUUUUACAAAUUGCUAGCAAAUUUUUGAGGCUAGAAUUUCAUUCAAAGUGAGGAAGUUCAGAAAGGUAAGAUAAUUAUUGCUCCUAACCUCUUCACCAAAUGGCCUAACUAUUAAUUUAAGGGGAAUGUCAAGUAGUUUUGAAGUGAGGUCUUGAUAAAAAAAAAAAAUCAGAAGUAAUUAAUAUCCUAUAUUCUGUAGAUUGCUUUAUAUGUGCCUUCACUUGGUAGAAAUAUUGCUUAGUAAAGCCUGAAGGCUAAAGCUAAUGCUAGUCUGAGAUAGGCUAACACCAACCUGGACUUCUACUGUCUUAAAGCAAUUCUGAUGUAAAAUUAUAGAAGAAUCGUUGCAGUUUAUGUAAGCACGAUUAGUUAACCUUUAAUUUAUAUCCACAUUUGUAUUGGUCAGAAACCCUUACCUUCAUUCUGCCUAGUUAGUCUCAGAGGCUAAACACAUCAGCUCAUACAAGAGGGGCUGAGACCAAAGCAAACUUUGACCAUCUUAAAACAUAUAGAAUUUCAAAAGCAUUGUUGCCAUUUAUGCUAUUCUACAAACCUUUAAGCUUAAGUAGUUACAUUAUGGAAUAGUAUAGCAGUAUAAAGUUGAAUAUUUAAACUGUUCUAAUAUUGUUAUCUUUUUACAACACUUGACUUUCAUAUUCUGGCAAGAAAUGCUUUAAAUGUUCAGCAUGUUUCUCACAGGAAGAUCAUUGGCGAACAUCUGCCUCCUACCUCCAUUUUCUGUGUAAAUAAUCACUCACUUCUACGUAAAUGGCAGUGCAUUGCCAAUGUGACAAUGGUUUAAAGGUUCAUAAAAUAGCAUAUAAACUGUUAGGAUCAUAUAGAGGCUGGAGUUUUCUGAAAAUAACAAGAAUCGGCAUUGGUUUUGCCCCUCCCCCCCACCCCCUUCCCUUGUUCUAGUUGUUAGCUUCAGUCUUGACUACCUUGUCUGGAUUGGUGCAACGAGACUUAUGUAUUGUUUAUUAUGUACCUGAUAGUGAUUUAAAGGUACAGCAGUUACUGUAAGCACGCAUUCCUUUUUAUUGAGUCUAUGACCUGACUUUUUUUACGCUGGUAGAAGUCCACUUUUUUGGGGCCCAUUCGGGACUAAAUAUCAUAAGCUCUGCCUCUGGAGUCAAUUAAUCUGGACCUUACACAAACUGAAGAUAUCAGAGGAGCUUAUAAUGCAGAUAAAUUGUUUACUUUUUAUAACUGCUUAACAGAACCUCACAUUAAAAUUCCUUAGCUACCCCUUUGAGAUCACAAUAAUGCAAUACAAAACCUCAGUUUAUCUGCCAGAAACAAAUAAGCUCUUGGGUUCCAUUUUUUGUGGAAUCACUGUGUUUCAUUUACAACACUGAAUAUGUUUAUGGACUUGUUUAUGUCAUAUUUAUUUUUCUUUAUCUCUAUCUUAGGACCUUGUUAAAUGAAUAUAUGCAGUACAGAGGAAUAUGAAUCUAAUUACUUACAGAGCAUUUUUUUGUCCUUUAUAGCCAAGAUUAGUAAAUAAAUAAAGAUGAUUUCUGAAUUUA